AUGAUCUUCGCAGCUAGGCAAAUUCAAGAAAAGAGUCGAGAGCAAAACAUAGACCUUUACACCGCCUUCAUUGACCUCUCCAGAGCUUUCGACACAGUAAACGGAGAACUUUUAUGGACUACAUCACAACUCUCACACAAUGCCCUUGGGCCUGAUGCAGGUAUGGGCAUACGGUACCGUCUUGACAGUAGCCUUUUUGAUAUUAGGCGUCUGGAAGCCUACACAAAGACCUUAACAACUCAGGUCAUAGAACUACAGUAUGCAGACGACUGUGCAAUAAUGACACAUAACAGAGAAUCUAUGCAACGUGCACUGGACGUGAUCUCAGGUAUUUACAGCUCGCUUGGUUUGCAAAUUAGCACCCAGAAGACUGAGAUUUUUGUCCAGUCCAUUGUUCCACCAAAAGAAGCACCACAAUUCUACUCUAAUGGAGAUCUUAUCAAAAUAGUAAACCAGUUUAAGUACCUUGGUAGCACUCUCACACCCACCUGCUCACUGGAUAUGGAAAUUCAAACCAGAAUCAAUUUAGCUUCAGCUGCAUUUGGACGUUUGAGAACAAGAGUCUUUCUCAACAAUGACCUCAAAUAUGGAACGAAGACUGCAGUUUAUCUCGCG